CACUGCCUCCAGCCCGGCCGGCGCGGGUCGGCGUGGGAGCCUCGAGAGCCACCCCGAUGCAGCAGUGGAGCAGCCACUUGGCGCGCGGCGGGAGACCCGGGGCGAGCUUGCCCUCGGCGCGCGCCGGGGCCGGGAGGGGGUUCCUCAUUUUGGUCCCUCCCCUUUUCCCUCGGAGUCUCGGAGCACUCCCGCUCUGAGACCCUCCUCCUCCCAGGUACCCGCGGGGAAAGGCGAGUGCAUCUCUCCUCCAGGCACCCCACCAUGGGCAAUGCCUCCAAUGACUCCCUGCCCGAGGACUGCGAGACUCGACAGUGGCUCCCGUCGGGCGAGAGUCCAGCCAUCAGUUCCGUGAUGUUCUCGGCCGGGGUGCUGGGGAACCUCAUCGCGCUGGCGCUGCUGGCGCGCCGCUGGCGGGGGGACGCGGGGCGCAGCUGCGGCCGCAGGAACUCCCUCUCCUUGUUCCACGUGCUGGUGACCGAGCUGGUGUUCACCGACCUGCUCGGGACCUGCCUCAUCAGCCCGGUGGUGCUGGCUUCGUACGCGCGGAACCAGACCCUGGUGGCACUGGCGCCCGAGAGCCGCGCGUGCACCUACUUCGCUUUCGCCAUGACCUUUUUCAGCCUGGCCACGAUGCUCAUGCUCUUCGCCAUGGCCCUGGAGCGCUACCUGUCCAUCGGGCACCCCUACUUCUACCAGCGCCGCGUCACGCGCCGCGGGGGCCUGGCCGUGCUGCCCGCGAUCUAUGGCGUCUCCCUGCUCUUUUGCUCCCUGCCGCUCCUGGACUACGGGCAGUACGUCCAGUACUGCCCCGGGACGUGGUGCUUCAUCCGGCACGGGCGGGCCGCUUACCCGCAGCUUUAUGCCACUCUGCUGCUGCUCCUCAUCGUCGCGGUGCUCGCCUGCAACUUCAGCGUCAUCCUCAACCUCAUCCGCAUGCACCGCCGAGGCAGGAGAAGCCGCUGUGGACCCUCCUUGGGCAGCAGCUGGGGCGGUUCCGGGGCCCGCAGGAGAGGGGAAAGGGUGUCCAUGGCAGAGGAGACGGACCACCUCAUUCUCCUGGCCAUUAUGACCAUCACCUUCGCCAUCUGCUCCUUGCCUUUCACGAUAACAGAUGCUUUCUAUGUCCCUCAAAAAUGGACCAAACCACUGGCCAACCAGAAGGAGAGUUCACAGCUGUGCCCAGUGAGACACCAGCCUAUUCCACAGCCCUCCAGUAGUGGGAAGAAGAGGGGAAUGGGAAAUUUAGGAAACCUGGAACUACUAAUGUCAGCCAUCCAUCCCAAGAUUUUUGCAUAUAUGAAUGAAACCUCUUCCCGAAAGGAAAAGUGGGACCUUCAAGCUCUUAGAUUUUUAUCAGUUAAUUCAAUAAUUGACCCUUGGGUCUUUGCCAUCCUUAGGCCUCCUGUUCUGAGACUAAUUCGUUCAGUCCUCUGUUGUCGGACUUCAUUAAGAACACAAGAUGCAGCACAGACUUCCUGUUCUACACAGUCAAAUGCCAGUAAACAGGAUGACCUUUGUAGACAGUAGUUAAAAAGUGCUUAGUUAUUGAACAUCUGGAAGAUCAUUUUGAAAUGGUUCCUUAGAGAAAUGAAAACACUUAUUGUAUAAACAAAAUGGACCUACUCUAAUAAAAAGGAGUAAACAAACAAUUAAGCAGGGUCAUGGCUACAGGCGUGCUGACAAGACACUUCAUGGCAGGUGUCAGAAAGAUCUAUAAAAUCUUCCCUCAAUGAGCAUGUUACUUGGCCUUUAGAGGAACACUCAGCCACCUUUAAGAUCCAGUUUCCUUUUGAUUUAUGCUUUUCUGUUGAAUGACAAAGCAUGUGGUUUUGUAAUUCAUGUAAAACCCUAAAUGGUUACUGUCUUUUGUAUUUUAAUAUUCUAUGCUACUGCUGUUAUAAACAUACCGUGCACAGACUAGAUAAAUCUUCAUAUGCAUUCUCUAGGAAGUAGAUGUGUGGAAGGAACCAAGCUUUCUGUCUUAUGAUUUCUUAACAAACUGUUUAUUUGGACAAUGAAGUUGAAACUCAUAGGUACCUUUUACUGUAAUGUUUGUGUAUAUGGGAGUAUUCUCAUCACUACAGUAUUACUUUUACUUACAAGAGUGGACUCAGUUGGUUAAUGUCAGUUUUGUUCAUUCAUCCUCCUCAAGUUAUGUAUCAAAUUGUCAGAUUAUUUAUUUUAUAAUGUCUACUAUGCUAAUGGUAAUCAAGACUUAAGGAAUUUUCCUCUCAACAAGAAAUAAUAGAAAGGUUUCAAGACAGUUAAUUCCUAUUAAUACUCUUUAUUCUACUUCCAAGGGAGAAUAUAUGUGGCUAUGUCUGAUGCCAUGUAUUAGGAAUAAAAACUGAAAAAACCUGGUUCAUUCUUCAGAUAUACUGGAACUCUUUUAAUGCUCAGACUGGGGCCAUGAGUAAAAUACACUUUAUAAGAUGACUGUGUUGUAGUAAAAUUCAUCUGUCUAUAUUUAGGGAACAUGGUUUGACUCAUAUAGGAAAUCAUGUAACAGUGAGUCAUAUCUUAAUAUAUUUCUAAAUGUUUGGCAUAGUGUGAACGCAGCAUCAAAUAUUUCAGUGAAUUUGCACUGUUUAAUCAUAGUUACUGUGUAAACUCAACUGAAAUGUUACAGAAAUAAACUAUAAAACAAAAAUUUGAAAAUGGAAUAGUAUGUGAUAAACUAUCCCCAAUCACAUUUUACAAUUAAUGCAGACAUAGUACCUUUUAAAUGAAAUCAAAGUAGAAAAAUUAUAUUUAAUUUGGCGGAUUUUUAAAGUGUGGUUGCCAGGUUUUCAAAAGUGUAGUUGCAUUGUAAGUUAGAGUUUAAAAUAUUCAGUAUUGUUCUUGCUAUUAGAAGGUAUUUUUUCUUUCAGUUUUUACACUUCCAACAUGAUCUUUAAAAUACUAGAAUUGCCUUAUUUUUUGCAGUGUUAUUAUAGGGUAGCUGUUAUUUUUAAAAAAGGGGGAUGUUAUUUUUUCCCAAAGUCUCUUUGGGUUGUUUAUUCAAACCCACUUCUUAUAAGCAGUUAUCAAACUAGAUGAUCACUUAGAAUGAUUCAAACCAAUCUAGUCAUCAGUAUAUUUUGAUACAAACAAUCUAUGUCAAAUCAGCUCUUAUUUUUAAAAAGAAUAAAUAAAUGGUUUGCUUUUCUACAAGUUUAAAUGAGUCAGGCAAAAUUUAACUUAACUAAAAUCUGGACAUGUAAAUAAAUCUUUCCUGUCCACCAGGCAUUCUAAAGUUAAAAAAUUAUUCUAAAUGGAACUAAUUAGGCCCAUGGGUAAUUCCUAAACAUAAAAUCCUGAAGUUACUUUGAAUCUGGAAGACUGAUUCCUUUUAUCAGAUUACUUUUUUUCUCCAAAUGAAAAUGUCAACUACAAUCCCACAACCCACCUCACCACCCCCCCAAAAUUCCAGAAUAAUGCCUGAGAACUAAAAAGGAAAAAAAAAAAAAAAGGAAAAUU